ACCCUGAGAAGAGACGCCUGGUGAUGACGUCAAAACACCGCGACUCAUUACCGUUGUAAACUAACCAGAAAGCAGCGUGGCUGUCAGUCGACUGAGUUUACUUAAUAAUCAGGAGACAGGGUGAACGUUUAUGAAGUGAACGUCUCUAUAUUAAUCCAUCAUGAGUUCGUCGAUGCCUCAGAAGCGUUACUACAGACAGAGAGCUCACUCUAACCCCAUGGCUUACCACACCUUCAACUAUCCAGUGUGUCCUGAGGAGAUGGACUGGUCCCAGCUGUAUGCAGACAUCUUACCUGGCAACCCCUCAGAGAAAAAAGAGACCCCCCGGGUUGAGUUUGCAGACAUUGGCUGUGGAUACGGGGGGCUUUUAGUGGAGUUAUCUCCACUUUUCCCAGACAAGCUCAUGCUGGGCCUGGAGAUCCGAGUGAAAGUGUCUGAUUAUGUCCAGGAUCGUAUUCGAUCCCUGCGUGCCUCAGAAACAGGAAAAUACCAGAACAUCGCCUGCCUUCGCAGCAAUGCGAUGAAGUACCUCCCCAACUACUUCACUAAAGGACAGCUCAGCAAGAUGUUCUUCCUCUUCCCCGACCCUCACUUUAAGAAGACCAAGCACAAGUGGAGGAUUAUAAGUCCAACAUUGUUGGCAGAGUACGCCUACACGCUGAGAAUCGGGGGUUUGGUGUAUACCAUUACAGAUGUGGAGGAGGUGCACCUCUGGAUGGUGAAGCACUUCACUGAACAUCCACUGUUCACACGUGUCCCCGACGAAGAACUGGUUGGUGAUGUCAUCAUAAGUCGUUUGGGGACCUGUACGGAGGAAGGGAAGAAAGUGCAGAGAAACGGAGGGAAGAAUUUCCUCGCAGUUUUCCGGAGGGUUGAGGAUUCAAACUAAGACCGAACAGUUUGGACAUGCAAUGAACUGAAAUAAUGGUCUUAUGCAGUCAUUUAUUCAUGGAGGAUAACGCUGCUCUGUGGAUCUGGAGGCCGUGGCUUGAUCCCCAGCAGUGAACAGUGAUAUUGAUGGACAAACAUUUACACCAUUACCCAACAGAGGGUUUGUGUUUGAGUUUUUUAUUCACAUAAUUUAAGUAUUUCAUUCCUCAGCUCACACAAGACAGCACAAGUAAAUCAUAAAAGCAUCUCUAUUCAGGCUAGACUUGUGAAGUGUUUUGUUUUGCUUUUUUUAAAUCAUUUUUUAAAUAUUCACUUCAGUUUAUUUUGCCAAACUCCAAAGUGCUGUUUUGUAUUUCCUGUAAAACUGUAAAUUCUUUUAGUAAAACUAAAAAAACAGUGUUGGGUUUGGAUCAUUGUAGAAGUGAUCAGUGGUGAAGAGAGCAGCAACAGGUGGACCGAAAAUGGAAAGACUACACGUUGUGUUUUCCAUCACAGUUGUUUGGGGCCUUUCUCACAAAAAAGAACUAAAAGGAACAGCUCUGACUUUAGUCCAGGACUGCCCAAUGUGGCGCCCACGGGCCAAAGUUGUCCCACCAUACGGUUCGUUUUGGCCCGCCAGAUGUUUCUAGCAAUUGCUUUUUUAAUUAAAAGACCUGCGGGA